AUGUGGCAGCCGACGAAGGCAUGCACGCUGCUGUGUCUCUCCUGGCUCUCGCUGCCAGCAGCUUUGGCGGGCGUCGUCGGAGCCGCGGAGUCCGCGACUUCCCUGGCCCCGGCUUCUGAGGUCGACAUUGGCGCCAAGGAGUGCCCGUGCCUGACGGCAGCUUCUGAGAACCUCGGCGGCAGCCGUGGAUUGGGGGUGAAGGUUUGCUUUGUUGGGCUGGGGUCUUGGGAAGUAGGUAUGUGCUGCAAGGUGUACAAUUCGAAGGAGUGCCUCACAUAUCCUCUUUCCUGCAAGCAGAAGUGGUGUUACGUGGACAUCGAGGCCUGCAAAGUGAAUCAGCAACUGUGCAAGGAAGCUCACCUGCGUCGGGGCUCUCGGGCUUCCCCGCAUUGUCGUGAUCGGCCCCGCUAUGAGAGCAAGUACGUCAAUGACUCGUCGGUGCUGUUCAGCUAUGAGACCUGCGGUGCUUUGGGCAGCUACAACGAGACCCGCUUCGAGAAAUGGAUGACCAACCUCGAAGUGCAAGCUGCCGUUGAUCCCAGGAACAUCUACCCAAACGCGAUGCUGCAAGAGCUUGCCGACAAAUCCUUCACCAAGUUUAGGGAUCUCAACUCCUCCGCACGAGCGAAAGCUUCCCAGAUGGACGUGUCAAUCCCCAUCUUGACUUUCGAAGACCAAUCCUACUGGGAAACGCCGGCAUCUACGGGCUCCAGCUGUUCCCAAGAUGAGGCGGGAGGCUUUGUUUGCAACUCUGGCUACAGCAACUGUGUCCAUGAUGUAGCGGUGGGGAAGUUCGACCUCUGCAUCGCAGACAUGUGGAUCACGCCGGGCCGAAGUGCCAUCGCUCAGUUCCUGCCUCCCGUGCGCUUCGACAUGUUCUACCUGGUGCAAGCCGCGAAGCCACGGACGGAGUUGACUGCCGGUGCAAUCAUGGAGAGGCCUUUCAAACCCUUCACGCCUUGGGCCUGGGGAGCCCUUGGAUUCUUUGUGCUGUUUUCCGGCUUGUGCUUUCUGGCCGGGCGCCUCUUAGAGGACAGCAACCGGCAGGCCAAUCAGACCCCUCCUGCGGCCCCUCCCGGACGUUCCACCGCCAGUCUGCAUGCACACGAAGUAUGCGACUUUAUUACAGGGGGUGCAAGGUCGUUCAACAGGUUCUCAUGCAAGAUCGUAGGUUUUGGCUUUGCUUGGGGCAUGCUUGUGCUGACCUCUACCUACACGGCAAACUUGACAGACAUCUUGGCAUUGGAGCGCAAGCAGGUUACCAGUCUUCAGCGCUUAGCGGAUGCAGAGCACAUGUCCAUUUGCGUCGAUCAGGAGGCAUGGUCCCACUUUAACCACACGUAUCGCACGGUCCUUAAGAACGUGACGUGGACUCCAGUGGAGACCAGUGGGGACAUACCCCAAUUGCUGCACGAUGCACACUGUAGUGCAGCGGUCAUGUACCAGGAAGCCAUUGACAGCAUGCACGCUGGGAAAUUUGCUGGGGAAGGGCGGCCCUUGGACUACGACUGCAAGAUCAGAAAGGUCCCCUCCGAAGAGGUAUUGCUGACUUUUGCUGUCGGGUUUCCGGUUGCCCCUCCAUUAGUGCAUGGCCUGUCAUGGGCAUUGACAAGUGCGUUGGAAGAAGGGACGGCUGCCACAGCAGAAAUCCAACAUAGGGCUUCCUUGAGGGGCAGUUUCGUAAGCAAUUGCGGCGUUACAGAAGACUCUGAGAAAGGGCUUGACUGGCCGGACGUGCUGGGGGCAUUGAUUGACGCCUUCAUCAUCAUAACGCUUGGUGCCUGCAUCUUUGUCAUCUUGUUUCUUCAAGGGAUGUGCUGCAAGAGGGUGUCGCAGCCCACGCCGCAGCCCUCGCCGCAACCCACGCAGCAGCCUACGCCGCAGCCCACGCCGCAGCCCACGCCGCGGCACACGCCGCGGCCCACGCUAGAACCCCCCUUCCCCAUCGAGUGA